AUGAUUCAAGGAGCAGCAACGACGAGACAGCAGAGACGGCGAGCUGAGAAAUACGCGCAACUCUCGUUUGACCCAUCAAGGCUUGAGCAAAUUAUGCUUCUCACAGAAGAAAAUAACAAACUGAAAAGCAAACUUGAAGAAACACAGGAGCACUUUAGCAAGGCUACAGGACUUCCACUUGAAGGAUACCAGCUGAGACAACAGUGUAUUAAUUUGGAAAAACAGUUUCAGGCUUCUCAAAAUCAGCUUAUGGAAAGUGAGUCGAUGCGCAUAGCUGACAGAAACUACAUUAGCGAACUUGUUCAGAACAUUCAAAGCCUGCAAUCUGAGCUGGAAAUUGCAAAGACCAGUGACUGGAAACGAGUUGAUGUUAUAGCAGAUGAAAAAGACACGUUGUUUAACGACAUUUUAAUCAAACUGAGGCACUAUAAAUGUGAAAUAUUUGGUCUCCAGGCUGCCUUUAAUGAGUUUAGUGGGUGGAAAGGUAAAAUUAAAACCAUACAUGGUAAGACAGACGGCUUGACCAGCUCGAUAAGUCACCUAGAGGCGAAACUAAGGGACCUGGUGAAAGAAGGUGACGACAUGAGUGUUUCCAAACAAAACGACACCAUGGUCUAUGUGCCUUUAUCAGAAUUGAGUGAUAUAAAAGAGAGAAAUUUAGGUUUAGAGUUUGAAAUUAAAGACCUGACCACAAAGAAUGAUGAGAAUGAAAGACUAAUUCAGGAACUGAGAAAAAAAUUGGAAAACAGUCACAGAGAAGAGGAAUGCAAAUCUUUCAAAUCAACAAUUGAAGAGUUGCAGACAUCUGAGGCAGCGCUUCUAAAGGAGGUUUAUGAGCUGAAGGAAACGCGCUCGAUGUGCAAUGAAAAGAUUAAUAGGCUUUCUCAAAACAUCGAAAAGGCUGAACGUGAGAAAAUGAGUGCAGAGAAAAUUUCUGAGGAGCUAAAACAGAUAAACCAACAAUUGCAGAUAGUCUCCUCACUUAGGGACAAAGAUUCUCAAUCAUCCGAACUUCAGUUAAAAUUAGAUCAGUUAAAGGUGAAGCUAGAAAACAAACAAGAGCAGUACAAGAAGCUUCACAAAGACGUCAGGAGUUUUGUGGAAACUGUUUCUGAUAAUGCAGGAAUCUUACUGAAUAAGAAGGAACCUGUCAGUAAUCAGUUAUCAACAGCCUUAGAAAACAUCAAAGUUUAUAUAAAUAACACAUCGGAGGGCCUUGUUUCUCGCAGGAAUUUACACAAAAAAUUAACAGCGAAAGCCGCCGCCCUAAGGAAGGCAGAACAAGAGCUGGAGUCCAGUAAUAAGGUUAUAGAUGAGCUGCGUAUUCAGCUCGAGGAGAUGAAACAAAGGCACAACACGGAACUAAUGGAGCUGGAAUUGGCUUCACAAGAAGAAAUUACAAAAUAUAUCAACGAAAUUAGCCAGCUGAAGGACGCAAUUAAAACUGCAGAGUAUGAGCUGGAAUACUUAAAAAGUCCAGAUUUUGAGCCAGACAAAGAACUCCCGAAAAAGGUGGAAGAACUGACUCAAGAGCUCCUGAUUAGCAAGGAAAAGCAAAAACAGCUUCAGAGAAUAAACGACAAGCAACAGAAUGAAUGUGAGGAGCUCAGGAAACAAAUCAGUCAACUCAGCGCCGAUGAUGGGAAGUCAGGCUCUGAGGGAAAAUUUGAAGAGAUAUUUUUGAAGGCAAAGCCUCUCAAACCGAAGAGGGUAAAAGCGCCUCUAAAGGAGAAUGGAGGGGACAAUGAAGUGCUUUCGCCAGGGAAAAAGGCUCCUAAAUAUCAUGCAGGGAUUCAGGAAACAUCAAAGAAUGAAGAAAUAUUUACAGACCCAUGGUCUUCUGACUCUGAUGAUGACGUUCAAAAGAGCUUUUGCAAUGAAAUAUAUCCCAAAGAAGACAGUUGCUCCAAAAUACCAAAAAAAUUGGGGCCUGAGGUGGUAAAGAUGGACACUUCUCCAAGGAAAACUGAAAAGGAGAAAGAGUUUAUUUCAUCUGAGAAAACGUCUCCCGGCGAGUUCUUGGAUUCAUGGUUGAAGGAAUUUAGUUGGUCUGACGAUAUCAUUGACGACAGAUUGUUGCCAGGCUCCGAUGGUGGCUAUAGGAAUGAAACAUCUCCCAAGGAAGCCAAAAGCACGAAAUCUACAAAUGAACUGGGGGCUGAAGCAAAAAAGAUGGACACUUCUCCAAGGAAAACUGAAAAGGAUAUUGAGUUAUCUUUACCUGGGAGAUGGUCUCCGAAAAAUCAAGCCACAACAUCUGAAACCAGCAAAAUAAGUGAACAAAGCCCACCAUCCAGGUUCAACCCCAAACAACGACAAACCGUUUUACCUCCAGUGAGAAGCAGACAUACUGGACUCCCCCAAAACGUUCUACCAGUUCCUACAGAUGAAUUUGAAAAUAGCUUUGGGAAUGAAAACUCUUCCAGGGCACAAAAAUAUACUAAAUCUACAAAUGAACUGGGGGCUGAAGCAAAAAAGAAGGACACUUCUCCAAUGAAAACUGAAAAGGAGAAAGAGUUUAUUUCAUCAGUGAAAAAGUCUCCCAAAGGUCGAGCAAUGGCAGAGGUCUUGGAUUCAUUGUUGGAGGAAUUUGGUUGUUCUGACGAUAUCAUUGAAGACAGAUUGUUGCCAGGCUCCGAUGGUGGCUAUAGGAAUGAAACAUCUCCCAAGGAAGCCAAAAGCACGAAAUCUACAAAUGAACUGGGGGCUGAAGCAAAAAAGAUGGACACUUCUCUAAGGAAAACUGAAAAGGAUAUUGAGUUAUUUUUACCUGGGAGAUGGUCUCCGAAAAAUCAAGCCAAAACAUCUGAAAACAGCAAAAUAAGUGAACAAAGCCCACCAUCCAGGUUCAACCCCAAACAACGACAAACCGUUUUACCUCCAGUGAGAAGCAGACAUACUGGACUCCCCCAAAAUGUUCUACCAGUUCCUACAGAUGAAUUUGAAAAUAGCUUUGGGAAUGAAAACUCUUCCAGGGCACACACAUAUAUAAAAUCUACAAAUGAACUGGGGGCUGAAGCAAAAAAGAUGGACAAUUCUCCAAUGAAAACUGAAAAGGAGAAAGAGGUAAUUUCAUCUGAGAAUAUGUCUGACGACGAGUUCUUGGAUUUAUGGUUGAAGGAAUUUGGUUGGUCUGACGAUAUCAUUGACGACAGAUUGUUGCCAGGCUCCGAUGGUGGCUAUAGGAAUGAAACAUCUCCCAAGGAAGCCAAAAGCACGAAAUCUACAAAUGAACUGGGGGCUGAAGCAAAAAAGAUGGACACUUCUCCAAGGAAAACUGAAAAGCAUAUUGAGUUAUCUUUACCUGGGAGAUGGUCUCCGAAAAAUCAAGUCGAAACAUCUGAAAACAGCAAAAUAAGUGAACAAAGCCCACCAUCCAGGUUCAACCCCAAACAACGACAAACCGUUUUACCUCCAGUGAGAAGCAGACAUACUGGACUCCCCCAAAACGUUCUACCAGUUCCUACAGAUGAAUUUGAAAAUAGCUUUGGGAAUGUCAAAUCUUCCAGGGCACAAAAAUAUACUAAAUCUACAAAUGAACUGGGGGCUGAAGCAAAAAAGAUGGACACUUCUCCAAUGAAAACUGAAAAGGAGAAAGAGUUUAUUUCAUCAGUGAAAAAGUCUCCCAAAGGUCGAGCAAUGGCAGAGGUCUUGGAUUCAUUGUUGGAGGAAUUUGGUUGUUCUGACGAUAUCAUUGAAGACAGAUUGUUGCCAGGCUCCGAUGGUGGCUAUAGGAAUGAAACAUCUCCCAAGGAAGCCAAAAGCACGAAAUCUACAAAUGAACUGGGGGCUGAAGCAAAAAAGACGGACACUUCUCCAAGGAAAACUGAAAAGGAUAUUGAGUUAUCUUUACCUGGGAGAUGGUCUCCGAAAAAUCAAGCCACAACAUCUGAAAACAGCAAAAUAAGUGAACAAAGCCCACCAUCCAGGUUCAACCCCAAACAACGACAAACCGUUUUACCUCCAGUGAGAAGCAGACAUACUGGACUCUCCCAAAAUGUUCUACCAGUUCCUACAGAUGAAUUUGAAAAUAGCUUUGGGAAUGAAAACUCUUCCAGGGCACACACAUAUAUAAAAUCUACAAAUGAACUGGGGGCUGAAGCAAAAAAGAUGGACAAUUCUCCAAUGAAAACUGAAAAGGAGAAAGAGGUAAUUUCAUCUGAGAAUAUGUCUCCCGGAGAGUUCUUGGAUUUAUGGUUGAAGGAAUUUGGUUGGUCUGAUGAUAUCAUUGACGACAGAUUGUUGCCAGGCUCCAAUGGUGGCUAUAGGAAUGAAACAUCUCCCAAGGAAGCCAAAAGCACGAAAUCUACAAAUGAACUGGGGGCUGAAGCAAAAAAGAUGGACACUUCUCCAAGGAAAACUGAAAAGGAUAUUGAGUUAUCUUUACCUGGGAGAUGGUCUCCGAAAAAUCAAGCCACAACAUCUGAAACCAGCAAAAUAAGUGAACAAAGCCCACCAUCCAGGUUCAACCCCAAACAACGACAAACCGUUUUACCUCCAGUGAGAAGCAGACAUACUGGACUCCCCCAAAACGUUCUACCAGUUCCUACAGAUGAAUUUGAAAAUAGCUUUGGGAAUGUCAAAUCUUCCAGGGCACAAAAAUAUACUAAAUCUACAAAUGAACUGGGGGCUGAAGCAAAAAAGAAGGACACUUCUCCAAGGAAAACUGAAAAGGAGAAAGAGUUAAUUUCAUCUGAGAAUAUGUCUCACGAUGAGUUCUUGGAUUCAUUGUUGGAGGAAUUUGGUUGGUCUGACGAUAUCAUUGAAGACAGAUUGUUGACAGGCUCCGAUGGUGGCUAUAGGAAUGAAACAUCUCCCAAGGAAGCCAAAAGCACGAAAUCUAGAAAUGAACUGGGGGCUGAAGCAAAAAAGAUGGACACUUCUCCAAAGAAAAUUGGAAAGGAGAAGGAGUUAAUUUCAUCUUUGAAAAAGGUGGAGGCUGGUUCUGAGGAUGUUGAGAAGAAGAAGAAAGUUACAUUUCUAUUAGAGCGCCACUCAAGAUAAAAAUCACGAGGCGCUUCACAAAAUCAAAAAAUGUAAAAAUAUUAAAAAGCAUUUAGAAAAUGUUUAAAAAUAUAUUUUAAAUGAGCAAAAAUAGGCAAUUGUGAUUAAAAAAUGUUAAGAAAGAGAGAGAGUGAACAGGAAAGAGGGAAAUCAGUGGAUCCUGAGGAAGGUGGAAUAGGUGGGGAGAGCAGAAUAAAGAGAGAGUGGUGAAGAAGGUCAUACAAAAGCCAGCUUGAACAAGUGAGUCUUCAGCUGCUUUUUAAAGGAGUCCACUGAGGAAGGAACCACACACACCAUCUGGUCUCAACCCCAAACCAAGACGGACCGUUCUACGUCCAAUUAGAGGGAAACCUAUUGAGCCAAUCACCAAGAACGUAAAGUGGAAACCCAUUUUAUAGGGGAAAAAAGCCUGAACUUCCUUCUAUUUUGAAGGUGUUUCUUUUAGUUAGUUAGUUAGUUAGUUACUUAGUUAGUUAGUUAGUUGUUAUUUAGUUGUUAGUUAGUCAGUUAGUCAGUUAGUUGUUAUUUAGUUGUUAGUUAGUCAGUUAGUUAGUUAGUUAGUUAGUUAGCUUUCUGUUUCAGUUUAUAUGACUCUUCUGUACAUUUUUCACUGUAGAGCUACAAUUAUUCAGCAGUUUACUCAAAUGUGGUGAAAGCAUUAAGCUUGGAAAGGUCGGCUAUGACUUUUUAGUUUUUUAGUUCGUUAGUCAAUAGAUAAAUCAUUAGUUUGUUAGGUUUUAGAUGAAGUACAAAAAAAGCAUGUCAUGUUCCUGAGCCGAGGUGAGUGGCACCAUCUCCACUCUAACUGUGAUUGAGCUGAUUUCCCUCAGGUGAGGAGCGGAAGGAGAUCCCAAUCAGGAACUCGGGUUUAAAAGGAGGAUGGAGACACCUCACUACGCCGGAUGAUUGCACCAGUUUAGGAUCCGCACUCAACCUGCUUCCCUCUCGCUGUUUUUGUACUCUGGAUUCAUACACCACGUCUCAUCCUCCUCCGUUGUUCCUGUUGGCCCCUCUCUGCGACCUCACCCAUCCCGGAUCGCUCACCCUCUGCCCAGCGCUCACCUCUGCUCCCCCGCCUCCCUCAUUCAUCCCGAGCGCUACUUGGACUCGAGCUGCACCGCUCACUCCCACAGGACUUCCCUGUGCUAUUUUUGUUCCCGUUUAAUAAUAAAGAACUUUACUUUUACUCAA